GAGCUGAGCCAAUGGCCGACGUGGUUGCUGCAAAGUCCAUUGCGAAGAGAAAGCUUGAGGGGCUGGGCCUGCGGCGGGCUUUAGGGAGUGGUCCCUGGCUGUGGAGAGAUCUGCUGAUGAGUCCAGCCCCCGGCCCGGUCUCCUGGAGCUGCAAGGAUGCUCCUGGGGUUUCGGAGAGGCCGCAGGGGCCAGUUCAAACACAUCAUCCAUGGCCUUUUACCUGCAGCCAGCAUUGCUCCGAAGGCAGCAGUGCCACGUACACCUCCUCCCCGCAGCCCCAACCCAUCUCCAGAGAGACCAAGAUCUGCUCUGGCAGCAGCCAUUCUGGCGACAACAUUGACUGGGCGGACGGUUGCCAUUCCUCAGCCUUGCCGGAGAUCCCGGUCUGAGAGUGACGUGAGCAGUGUUGAACAGGACAGCUUCAUCGAGCCCUAUGCCACUACCUCAGAGCUGAGGCUUCGUCCAAAUUGGCAGAGUGAGAUGGGAAGAAGAUCUUCUUUGCCAUCCUUUGAAACACUGGGCUAUGGGGAAGAAGAGGACAUUGAAACUCAGCUGUCAUCCAGCUGCAAGGAACUGGGGGAUGUCAGUGCCCAGGAGGACAAAGGAGGCCACGGUGAUGACCUGUACGCUGUGCCACACAGAAAUCAGGUGCCAUUGUUACAUGAGGUGGACAGUGAAGAUGAUGAAAAUAUUUCUGAUCAAGAUGAGUUUCCAGGCUCCCCUCCUAUACCACAGCGGAUGCAACAAAAAGAUGGUAAAUACUCUGUUCUGAAUUUAAAGGAUGAAAAACCUCCAUUACGUGAGAAACCUCCACCCUCCCCAGAUAUAACUGGUAGAGCACGUCAAAGAUAUACAGAAAUAACCAGAGAAAAGUUUGAGGCAUUAAAAGAAGAAAAUAUGCACCUAAACAAUACGAAUCAAAGCCUUACCCUUAAACUAAACACAGUGAAACAAGCAAUGAAAGAACUACAGUUAAAACUUAAAGGAAUGGAAAAAGAGAAGAGAAAACUCAAAGAGGCUGAGAAGGCAUCGUCACAGGAAGUUGCUGCACCUGAAUUACUUUAUCUGCGAAAACAAGCUCAAGAACUGGUGGAUGAAAAUGAUGGAUUGAAAAUGACUGUCCAUCGUUUGAAUGUAGAACUCAGUCGAUAUCAGACAAAAUUCAGGCAUUUGUCCAAGGAAGAGAGCUUAAAUAUUGAAGGCCUCCCAUCCAAGGGCCCUAUACCACCCUGGUUGUUGGAUAUAAAAUACCUGUCACCAUUGUUGCUGGCUUAUGAAGAUAUAAUGAAAGAGAAGGACGAGCUCAAUGCCACCCUCAAGGAGGAAAUGAGAAUGUUUAGGAUGCGAGUCCAAGAAGUGGUGAAAGAAAAUGAAGAAUUGCACCAAGAGUUAAAUAAGAGUAGUGCUGUUACCAGUGAGGAAUGGCGUCAGCUUCAGACUCAAGCAAAACUGGUUUUAGAGGAAAACAAGUUGUUGCUGGAGCAGCUGGAGAUUCAGCAAAGGAAAGCCAAGGACAGCCACCAGGAGCACCUCCAAGAAGUUUCUAAGCUGACUAAACAACUAAUGCUCCUGGAGACGAAAACCCAGGGCCAGGAAAAGGAACUGGUGGAGAACAGGGAACAGCUGGAGAUUUUACGUGCCAAAUGCCGAGAACUCAAAACACACUCGGAUGGCAAAAUCGCAAUGGAAGUUCAUAAAUCAAUUGUAAAUGAAUUAAAAAGCCAGUUACAGAAGGAAGAAGAGAAAGAAAGGGCUGAGAUGGAGGAGUUGAUGGAGAAGCUGACAGUCCUGCAAGCGCAGAAGAAGAGCCUGCUGUUAGAGAAGAACAGCUUGACAGAGCAGAACAAAGCACUGGAAGCCGAACUUGAACGAGCACGGAAAAUCAAUAGGUUUGCAAAAUGUUUAGAAAGUGAGAAGGAUGGCGUGCUCAACAAAGUCAUCAAAAGCCACAUUCGCCUGGGAAAGCUGGAGGAAAAAGUCAAGGGCUACAAGAAGCAGGCCGCACUGAAGCUGGGGGACAUCAGUCACCGUCUGCUGGAGCAGCAGGAGGACUUCGCCGGCAAGACAGCCCAGUACCGGCAGGAGAUGCGGCACCUGCACCAGGUGCUGAAGGACAAGCAGGAGGUGCUGGACCAGGCGCUGCAGCAGAACAGAGAAAUGGAAGGUGAACUUGAAGUUAUUUGGGAAUCUGCCUUCAGGGAAAACCGAAGAAUCCGAGAACUUCUCCAGGACACACUCGCGAGGACAGGCGUGCGGGACACCCCCAGAGCUCUGGUGGCCCCCAGCCUCAAUGGCGUCUCUCAGGCAGACCUGCUGGAUGGCUGUGAUGCCCGCUCCUGUGACCUGAAGACUCCUGCCCCCACCUGCCAGAGUCUGCGGGAGCCGGUGGUGUAGGCUCCUCUGGCCUGAAAGGUCUGCCUCACACAGGCCUUCCCUGGAGGGCAGCCCACGGUGGCAGCCAGAGGUGCGUAAGCCCACUGAGCGCUGCGGGGCAGGGAGGAAAUAAAUGGUCUCAUAGUUUAAUCCACUGA